AUGGUCUCUUAUGCCGGUAAACUAGUUCUGGCUCCCAUGGUCAGAGCAGGGGAACUCCCAACAAGACUUUUAGCACUUCAAAAUGGAGCUGAUUUGGUUUGGUCACCAGAAAUUAUAGAUAAAAAGUUAAUCGCUACUCAUCGCAAAAUUAAUACAAAAUUAAAAACUAUAGAUUACACCAUUUCGAAAGAUGCGAAGGAGACUUUGGUGUUUCGUACGUUUCCUGAAUUGGAAUCUGGAAAGUUGAUCUUCCAAAUAGGUUCUGGCUCUCCGGAUUUAGCCGUAGCAGCAUCAUUGAAAGUAAUAAACGAUGUCGAUGGUAUCGAUUUAAACUGUGGAUGUCCUAAACAUUUUUCUGUCCAUGCAGGAAUGGGAGCCGCGCUAUUACGUAAACCUGACCUCCUUUGUUCCAUUUUGUCACAUUUAGUCAAUAAAGUCGGUAAUCCAUUCAAUAAACCAAUUAGUUGUAAAAUUCGUAUCCUAGAAAAUUCACAGGAUACAUUGGAUUUAGUCUCCAAAAUAUGUGUCACUGGUAUCAAAAAUCUUACCGUACAUUUUCGUACUCCAGAUAUGAGAAAUAGAGAAGCACCAAAUUACGAAUACAUUCACGAUAUUUACAAAAUUUGUAAGACUAAUAACGUAUCUUUGACAUUAAAUGGUAGCAUUAAAAAUAGAGCGCAUUUCAAUGAGAUUAAAAAGAAAUAUAAUUUCGACACUGAAAUUUCAGGUAUGAUUGCUGAUUGCGCAGAAACUAACCCAACAGUUUUCAGCGAAGCACCAUUAUAUUGGCCACAAGUGAUCAAGAAUUUUGUACAAAUUGCAACCAAAUUUGAUAAUAAUUUCGGUAAUACCAAAUAUAUGCUUGGUAGACUUGUCCCAGGAAAGUCUGUCUUCCACAAGACAUUCACACGCAGCAGGAAUCCGUCAGAAUUGAAUUACAUAGUAGACAAAUUAAACCUAGAGACUGGUGAUUUAGAUGACAUCGAUGCAAUUAACGAAUAUCUAGAUACGUGUAGAGAAGAAGAGAGCAAAGCGAAAAAGUUACAAAAUGAUGCUAACUCAAGAAAACGCCAACAGGAGUUAGCCACCACACAAUCCCCCAAUGAACAUGGACAAAAGUUAAAGAAAGUUAAAGAAGAAUGA